AUGAACAACGGUCGAUCCCAUGCAACUAACCAACAUGGGACUGUUGCGAAGACAAAACCUGUUGACAAAGCUAAGACAUUAGUUGCAUCAUCUUAUCCAAGCAGUGUCGCUAGACCUUUAGCGCCCUGGCCUCGGGAUCAAGGUGAAGUGUCGGAAUUGUAUAAAGUUGUUCUCCAUCAUAAUACUCACCCCCCACUUGUUCAAAACGAUUCGUGGACAGUAGCUGCACCAUUCAAAGAACAAAAACAUGUUCGCACCGCUGUCGAAUCGAUUGCCAAUAAUUUUAGCCCACAAGCUCAACGUUUAGAUAUACGAAAAUUACCACAAUCUAAACAAACGAUACCAUAUCCUGGUGAUGGUUAUUAUCGAGGAGUUGAUGAAUUUUUAAAACGAACACGCGAUGAACCAGGAGCACCAAAUUGGAUACAAAAGAAACAAAAACGAGCACAAGAUUUUCGAAAAGAAAAAGCUGAUAAAUGGGUAAUGCCUUCAUCUCGCCCGAUAUCACCAACAGAACAACUAACUAUGCUUUCAUGGUUCAACGAAGAAGAAUCGCGGCAUAUUCCCGAGCCGAAAAAAGAAGAAGUCGAACGCUAUUGGUAUUACAUCUCCAAAGGAGUUCAAUCACGCAUGAUAGCUACUGAACCUGCUGAUCAAUAUAAUAAAUUUUGUUUACAUCUUCCGCCAAAACUUGUGCAACCAUCACUGAAAAAGUUACACGACGAAUUAAAAACUGAGAUUCAUAAUGAUUAUGAUCUUGCUCUUCGAAAAGCAAUAGUUGAUUAUAUUUUGCUCGAUCCAAAUGAACGACAACGUGUAAAAAUUCAACAUAUACCAAAACGAUUCAAUUUACGUACAAUACGUGCACCAAUCGCAUGGCAUGAUACCAUGGACGAAACAAAAAGAGAUUUACUUUCAACAUUACAUAUGAAUAAUCCAAUCAUGACUUUCCUGCAAACACUUUGGGAUGAAUCCUAUGCACAUCAACGAUUCGUUGGCUUUCAAGAUCUUGCGCAAGCGUCGUUACCAAUGAUACCACAUGAUUUCGAAAAAUUUAUUGAACAACGUGUUAAUCAAAUGAGACAAACACUUAUUUCACAAUGGCUUAAUAGUUGUAGUCGAAUAGUUGCUGAAAAUCGUCAACAUUGGGAAAAUAUGGUUCCCAUGGAAGAUGAUGCCAGUACGGACUUAGUUGAAUCAUUUUUUAAUACAGUUGCUGCCCGUAUGGCUGCACAUAUCCGUCAACUUGUUAAUGCUUCGCUUGAAGAUUUUGCACGAUUUUUCGAAGAAUAUUCCGAUGGAAAUGAUUUUAAAACAAAAAAUCCCGAAUCACAAUAUCAUGUUAUGGAUUUCACACGAAAACCUAUAUUUACACAGCGACUCUAUGCUGAUGGACCAAAACUAGCGUUUGAUCCAACAAAUCAAGAUAUUCGUUCAAUGCUUCAACGUUGUAUAAAACAUAUUGUUAAUGCUGCUGCUAACAUUCAACGCAUUGAAUCACAUUUAUUUGAUUCAAAAACAAAAUUGCUUAUCCGUCAUGUACGGAAUGAUGAAGAAAUUGUUGAAAAUACCACACAACGUGUAUUAUACGCUUUAACAAAAAAUAUUCCCGGGCCACAACUAUAUUUACAUGAAUACGAUGCUUAUCAAAAUCUAUUGAAUAAUAAAUCCGAAUCGGAAACAGUUCAAUUUCUUCAUCAAACACAUGCCCUUGAUGAAUUCGAAGCCGAACUUAAACAGCGAACAGAAUUAGCUAAUGAAAUCAUGCUUAAACGCAUAUGGGCACCAUUGAAUUUAUUCAAUUUAGAUUGUCGAGAUCUUAAUGACCAUUUAAUUAAAAUAGUACACAAAUUACGAAGUAAAUUAGUUCAAUAUUGUAUUGAUGAUAAUUCGAAAUUAAAUAAAGAAAUUGUUAAAGAAUACGAUGAAAUAGCUGCGACUGUUAGUGUCCCAGCUGAUGAAACUGAAGAAUUAGUUAAAACAGCAGAAUAUCUUAAUAAAGCAUUAGAAGUUUCCGUUUAUAAAUUAGCUUAUAAGAUUGGAGAAGCAAAAGAUCGAUUAAUGUUUCUAUUAGACCAUGCUAUUAUGUCACCGGAAGAUUUAAAACUGAAUGCACAAGUAUUUCAUUGGCCGGAAAAUAUAAUGAAUAUUUUGGAACUAAAUCAAGGUCGAUUAGCAGCUUUACGUGAGCGAGCUGAAGAACGUUUGCGUGAUCAUAUUCUUAAAUUUGAAAAGAAACUGGACGAUUUACACAAGGAUGUUGAUCUAUUCAAACGAAAAGAUGUUUUGAGUACUGAUGAAAUGCGUACAAAUGUUGAAAAAUUAGCUGAUAUUAAUAAACUUGUAGAAGAAUAUAGAGCACAAGGUGAGUUAAUUAAUCGGGAUCAAGCAUUACUGGCAUGGGAAGUAACUCCAUUCCCAAAACUACAAGAAAUAAUGGCUGCCAAAGAUCCAUACGAAAAAUUAUGGAAUACAGCAUGGCAAUUUUAUACAUCCUAUGAACGAUGGAUGAAUGGACCAUUUUUAGGUCUCAAUGCUGAAACUAUAAAUGAUGAAGUUCAAAAUAUGUGGCGUACAAUUCAUAAACUACAAAAAUCUUUAACUGAUCAAGUGGGCCCACGUCGUGUUGCUGAUAUGAUAAAGAAUCGUAUAGAUAAAUUUAAAGUUCAUAUACCAUUACUACAAGUUACAUGUAAUCCCGGCUUAAAAGAGCGUCAUUGGCAACAGAUGAGUCAACUAGUUGGUCUUGUCUUGCCACAUGAUGAAACUGCAUCGUUGAGUGAUUUAAUUGAACUUGGUUUAGCUAAAUUCGUUGAAAAAUUAGAUGAAAUUGGUGGCAGUGCAUCAAAAGAAUAUUCACUCGAAAAAGCCAUGACGAAAAUGAAAGACGAAUGGAAUGACAUGAUAUUUACAUUUGUUAAAUAUCGUGAUACAUCGGCAUAUAUAUUAUCGGCUGUCGAUGAUAUACAAUUGAUGUUAGAUGAUCAUAUCAUAAAAGCACAAACAAUGUUAGGUAGUCCAUUUAUUAAACCAUUGGAAGAGGAGAUGCGUGCUUGGUGCGAUCGACUUACUUUAUUACAAGAUAUUAUUGAUAUUUGGCUUAAAGUUCAAGCAUCAUGGCUUUAUCUUGAGCCAAUCUUUAGUUCCGAUGAUAUUGUUAAUCAAAUGCCGGAAGAAGGACGAAAAUUCGCCACUGUCGAUAAUCAUUGGAAAGAAAUUAUGAUAAACUCUGUUAAAGAUGCUCAUGUACUUGUAGCAACAGAUCAGCCAGGAAUGUUAGAAAAACUGCGUGAAGGUUUUCGUUUACUUGAAGAAAUUCAGAAAGGUCUUAAUAAUUAUUUAGAAAAGAAACGACUGUUUUUUCCACGAUUCUUUUUUCUAUCGAACGAAGAACUACUUGAAAUCUUAUCGGAAACAAAAGAUCCAUUACGUGUUCAACCGCAUCUAAAGAAAUGUUUCGAAGGUAUCAAUCGUUUGGAAUUUAAUGAACAACAGGAAAUAACAGCUAUGAUAUCGGUUGAAAGAGAAAUUGUUCAAUUUAAAGCAACCAUCAAUCCAAGUAAAGCACGUGGUAUGGUCGAAAAAUGGCUGAUACAAGUUGAAGAUCAAAUGCUUCUAUCAAUACGAAUGAUUAUCAAAGAAUCUCUAGUUGCAUAUGCUACUCGCGAUCGUAAACAAUGGGUUUUGGAGUGGCCAGGUCAAGUUGUUAUUUGUUCCAGUCAAGUCUAUUGGACGAAAGAAGUUGAAGAAAUAAUUUUAAAUAAUGCUCUACCAGAAUUUCUCUUGAAAUCAAACGAACAAAUUAAAGAUACAGUUAAUUUAGUACGAGGAAAAUUAGAUAUGGGACCAAGAAGAACACUAGAAGCGUUGAUUGUCAUUGAUGUCCAUGCACGAGACGUUGUUACUAAUUUAAUUGAAACAAAAAUUAGUAAAAUAACAGAAUUCAUUUGGAUUUCACAAUUAAGAUAUUAUUGGAAAACAGAAGAAGAAAGACUUAUGGUUCAUAUGAUUACUACUGAACUUGAAUAUGCAUAUGAAUAUUUGGGUAAUACAUCUCGUUUGGUUAUUACACCAUUAACAGAUCGAUGUUACAGGACAUUAAUGGGCGCAUUAAAAUUAAAUUUGGGUGGUGCACCUGAAGGUCCAGCUGGUACAGGAAAAACAGAAACAACCAAAGAUUUAGCUAAAGCUGUUGCAAAACAAUGUAUCGUAUUCAAUUGUUCAGAUAGUUUGGAUUAUAAAGCAAUGUCAAAAUUUUUUAAAGGAUUAGCUCAAUCGGGUGCUUGGGCCUGUUUUGAUGAAUUUAAUCGUAUCGAAUUAGAAGUCUUAUCAGUCGUAGCUCAACAAAUUCAGUCAAUUCAACGAGCAAUAGCUGCUCGUCAAAAACGAUUUGUUUUUGAAGAUACUGAGCUUGAACUCAAUCCAACAUGUUCUGUCUUCAUUACAAUGAAUCCUGGUUAUGCUGGUCGAUCAGAAUUGCCCGAUAAUUUAAAAGUACUCUUUCGUACUGUAGCUAUGAUGGUACCGGAUUAUGCUAUGAUUGGUGAAAUUAGUUUAUAUUCCAUGGGUUUUAUUGAUGCUCGUUCUCUGUCAGGAAAAAUUGUAGCAACAUAUAAAUUAUGUUCAGAACAAUUAUCAUCUCAACACCAUUAUGAUUAUGGUAUGCGUGCUGUAAAAUCCGUUUUAACAGCAUCAGGAAAUUUAAAACAAAAAUAUCUUGAUGAAGACGAAUCGAUCUUAGUUUUACGUGCCAUUAAAGAUGUUAAUCUACCGAAAUUUCUUGCUCAAGAUGUUCCACUUUUUGAAGGUAUUAUUAGUGAUCUAUUUCCAGGUGUUGUGCUGCCAACACCUGACUAUGCAGUUUUUCUGGAAGCUAUUCACAAUAAUUCCAAACACUUGAAAUUACAACCAGUACAAUUCUUUGUUGAUAAAAUUAUCCAAAUCUAUGAAAUGAUGUUGGUUCGUCAUGGUUUUAUGAUUGUCGGACCAUUUAUGGGUGCCAAAUCAGCAGCAUACAAAGUCUUAGCUGGUGCCUUAGCAGAUUUAGAAGCUGCAGGAAUGAUGGACGAACAUAAAGUUGUUUAUAAAGUUAUUAAUCCAAAAUCGAUUACUAUCGGACAACUUUAUGGAGAAUUCGACAAGGUUUCACAUGAAUGGACUGAUGGUGUGUUGGCUACAACCUUUCGAGAAUAUGCAUCUAGUCAAACAUUGGAUAGAAAAUGGAUUAUUUUCGAUGGACCUGUUGAUGCCGUCUGGAUUGAAAAUAUGAACACUGUACUUGAUGAUAAUAAGAAGCUUUGUCUAAUGAGUGGUGAAAUUAUUCAAAUGAGUGCUCAAAUGAAUUUAAUCUUUGAGCCGGAAGAUCUCGAACAAGCUUCACCGGCUACAGUUUCACGUUGUGGUAUGAUCUAUAUGGAUCCAAAUCAGCUUGGUUGGCGUGUAUUUAAAGAUUCGUAUGUACAAUAUGAAUUGCCCGUGUCAUUACCAAAAGAAGCUCGUGAAUUAAUAAAUGAUCUAUUUGAAUGGAUGGUUGACCCAUGCCUUGAAUAUCUUCGUGCUAAUUGUAAAUUUCAAUUAUCAACAUCUCCCAUACAUUUAACAUUUAGUCUUAUGCGUCUAUACACAUGUUUAAUGGAUGAAAUAGCUGGUUCCGGUACGACCGGUUCUGAUGGUAAAGCGUAUCCUGAGCUUAACGCGAAUACAAUGUUACUCUGGUUGCAAGGCUUAUUUUUAUUUUCACUUAUAUGGGGUUUAGCUGGUACAAUAACAGGUGAUAGCCGAAAGAAAUUCGAUACAUUUCUACGAGACUUUUUAACGGGUGCUCUCGAAGAAUAUCCAAAACCAAAAUCGAUUAAAUUUUCAAAAGCAAAUAUUUUUCCUGAACGAAAUACAUGUUUCGAUUUUUAUUUUGAAAAGAAAGCUGCUGGUCAUUGGCGUGAAUGGCCUGAUAUGAUAGCAAGAGAAGACUUAGCUAUUCCAGAGGGUGUCAAAGUUGUCGAUGUAAUUAUACAGACUGAUGAAACAGCUCGACAAGCAUUCUUCUUGGAAACAUUUGUUUCACAUAAUGUCCCACUUUUAUUGGUCGGACCUACUGGUACUGGUAAAUCGGCAAUCAAUAAUUAUUUUCUAGUUCGAUUACCAAAAGAAAAAUUUGUUGCUAAUGUUGUUAAUUUCUCUGCUCGAACUUCAUCCAAUCAAACCAUGGAUACAAUCAUGAGUAAACUCGAUCGACGUCGCAAAGGUGUUUACGGGCCACCAAUGGGCAAAAAAUGUAUUAUCUUUGUUGACGAUUUAAAUAUGCCAGCAAAAGAAAAAUAUGGCAGUCAACCGCCCAUUGAAUUACUUCGUCAAUGGCUUGAUCAAGGUUAUUGGUUUGAUCGCAAGGAUACAUCAAUGAUAACACUUCUUGAUCUACUAUUUCUUGGUGCAAUGGGUCCACCAGGCGGUGGCCGUAAUACUAUAACUGGUCGAUUCGCACGUCAUUGUAAUAUAAUAUCGAUAGAUUCAUUUAGUGAUGAGACUAUGCAAAAAAUUUUUACGUCGAUUGUUGAUUGGCAUUUUGGACGCGGCUUCGAAGCAACAUUUCAACGUGUUGGACGUUUACUUAUUCAAGCAACAAUGCAAAUAUAUAAAAAGGCUUGUGAACAAUUUUUACCGACACCACAAAAGUCUCAUUAUCUGUUUAAUUUACGUGAUUUUUCACGUGUUAUUCGAGGAGUCUUACUUGUGCCGCAAACUAAUCUAAAAGAAGAAAGAAAACUGUAUCGUUUAUGGGUACAUGAAGUCUAUCGUGUCUUUUACGAUCGACUUAUUGAUGAUGAGGAUCGAUCAACAUUCUAUUCAAUGGUUAAAGAAGUUAUGAAUGAAAUAUUGAAACAAGAUAUGAAUAGACUACUUGAACAUCUCAUACCAGAAAAUGAACCAAGACAACUUCGCGAUGAACAUAUUCGUGCGCUCAUGUUUGGAGAUUACAUUAAACCUGAUGCUGAAAUAAAGCCAUACGAUGAAAUAAUUGAUUUAAAACAAUUACAAAAAGUGAUGGAAUCGUACUUAGAAGAAUAUAAUGCUAUUAGUAAAAGUCCGAUGCACCUUGUCAUGUUUCAAUUUGCGAUUGAACAUAUAUCGCGUGUAUCGCGUGUACUUAAACAAGAUCAAGGUCAUGCCUUACUUGUUGGCAUUGGUGGAAGUGGACGAAGUUCCUCGUGUAAAAUGGCAGCAUUUAUGGCAGACUAUGAACUAUUUCAAAUUGAAAUAACAAGAACCUAUGGAAAAAAUGAAUGGAGAGAUGAUGUUAGAAAAUUGUUUAGAAAAAGUGGAAUUGAAGGCAAAAGCACUGUCUUUCUCUUCAAUGAUUCUCAAAUCAAAGAUGAAUCGUUUAUAGAAGAUAUCAAUAUGAUGUUAAAUACAGCUGACAUUCCAAAUUUAUUUCCUGGCGACGAACGAGCUGAAAUUUGCGAGAAAAUGCAAGGUGUAGCUCGACAAUUAAACCGUAAAGUUGAUUCAACGCCAAUGGCUCUAUAUAACUAUUUUAUCGAACGUGUCCGAUCAGCUCUUCAUGUCGUUCUUGCAUUUUCACCAGUUGGUGAUGCUUUUCGUAAUCGUCUUCGUAUGUUUCCAUCAUUAAUUAAUUGUUGCACAAUUGAUUGGUUUACAUCAUGGCCCGAAGAUGCACUCGAAAUGGUAGCAAAGAAAUUUUUAGAAGAAGUUGAAUUAGAAGAUGAAGUUCGAUCAAAUUGUGUUCUUAUGUGUAAAACGUUCCAUGAAAAUAUUCGUGUACUAUCAGAAUUAUUUCUUCAGCAACUAUCACGACAUAAUUAUGUUACACCAACAUCUUAUCUUGAAUUGAUUUUAACAUUUAAAGAUUUACUAAGAACAAAACGUAAUGAAGUUCAAACAUUAAAAGAUAAUUAUUUGAAUGGUCUCAAACAACUCGAUUAUGCACGUGUUGCUAUUGAUGCGAUGAAGAAAGAAUUAACUGAAUUACAACCGAAAUUAAAAGAAACAGCCAUUGUGGUUGAAAAUUUAAUGGUUCGUAUUGAGCAAGAAACAGCUGAAGUUGAAGCACGUAAAGAAAUUGUCGCUGCUGAUGAAGCUGUUGCUAAUGAAGCAGCAGCUAAGUCUCAAUCAAUCAAAGAUGAAUGCGAAAAUGAACUUAUGGAAGCCUUACCAGCUCUUAAAGAAGCUGAAGAAGCACUUAAUACUCUUAAACCAAAUGAAUUGGUUAUUGUCAAAGCAAUGAAAAAUCCACCUAACGGUGUCAAACUUGUCAUGGAAGCGGUGUGCAUUAUGCUUGAAAAAGCACCUGAACGUAAAAUUGAUCCAUCGACACAAAAACCUGUCUUAGACUAUUGGCCAACAUCAGUUCGACUUUUAGCUGAUAUGGACUUUCGUAAAAAUUUACAAACCUAUGACAAAGAUAAUAUUAAAUCGCAAGUUAUCAAGCAAAUCCGCGAUCGUUUUGUUCAGAAUCCCGCAUUUACAGCAACUGAAAUAGCAAAAGUUUCAGGUGCUUGUGAAGGUCUAUGUAAAUGGGUCUUGGCUCUUGAAAAAUAUGACCGUGUAAUAAAAGUCGUUCAGCCAAAACGCAUGAAACUAGAAGAAGCCGAAGAAGCUCUAUCUGAACAAAUGAUUAAAUUACAAGAAAAACAGCGACAAGUUCAAGAAUUAGAAGCUCGUCUAAAAGCUUUAACUGAUGAAUAUGAAACAAAUGUUCAGAAAAAGAAUGAACUAGAAGAUCAAAGAAAUCUGUGCGAAAAGAAAUUAACACGAGCCGUACAACUCAUUGAAGGUCUCGGUGGAGAAAAAGAUCGUUGGACCGAUCAAGCACGAAAACUAGGUGAACGUUAUACAAAAUUAACGGGUGAUAUUCUUUUAAGUGCUGGUGUUGUUGCUUAUCUCGGACCAUUUACUGUUAAUUAUCGUGUGGAUUGUAUUCGUCAAUGGGUUGAUCUAUGCAAAUCAAAACGAAUUCCAUGUUCCGAUGUAUUUUCUCUGAAUACAACACUUGGAGAUGCCGUUAAAAUUCGUGCAUGGCAAAUAGCUGGUUUACCUGUUGAUUCAUUUUCCGUUGAUAAUGGUAUUAUAUCAACAAAUGCACGUCGUUGGCCACUUUGUAUCGAUCCUCAAUCACAAGCAAAUAAAUGGAUUAAAAAUAUGGAAAGAGACAAUCGUUUGGCUGUUGUUAAAUUGCAAGAUCCAAAUUAUGCAAGAACAUUAGAAAAUGCUAUUCAAUUUGGUACCCCAGUUUUGUUAGAAAAUAUUAAUGAAGAAUUAGAUCCUGUUUUGGAUAAUGUUCUACUGAAGGCAACGUUUAAACAACAAGGAGUUGAAUAUAUCAAAUUUGGUGAAAAUGUUAUUGAAUAUUCACGUGAUUUUCGAUUUUAUAUAACAACAAAAUUACGUAAUCCACAUUAUUUACCAGAAGCAUCCGUUAAGGUCACAUUAAUCAACUUUAUGAUUACAGCUGAAGGUUUGCAAGAUCAACUAUUGAGUAUCGUUGCUGCUAAAGAAAAACCUGAACUUGAAGAACAAAAAAAUACAUUAAUUAUUCAAUCAGCGGAAAAUAAACGUAAACAAAAAGAAAUUGAAGAUACCAUUCUUGAAGUUUUAUCAUCAUCAGCGGGUAAUUUACUUGAAAAUGAAACGGCUAUACAAAUAUUAUCAUCAUCAAAGAAAAUCUCCGAGGAAAUCGAAGCAAAACAAAAAAUAGCUGAAGAAACACAAAAAGAGAUUGAAUUUACUCGUCAAGGAUAUCUACCGGUUGCUAAACAUUCAACAAUUUUAUUUUUCUGUAUAUCAGAUUUAGCCAAUAUCGAUCCGAUGUAUCAAUAUUCUCUUGUUUGGUUUAUUAAUUUAUAUGUGAUGUCAAUUGAAAACAGCCAAAAAUCCGCAGAUUUACAAGAACGUAUUCAAAAAUUAAAUGCUCAUUUUACUGAAUCAAUUUAUCGAAAUGUGUGUCGAUCAUUAUUAGAACGUCACAAACUUUUGUUUUCAUUCAUAUUAUGUGUACAAAUAGGAAAAGGCCGAGGAGAAGUAGAUGAUAAUAUAUGGCGUUUUCUAUUGACUGGUGGUGUGGGUCUAGAUAAUCCAUAUCCUAAUCCUGCUUCUGAUUGGUUAAAUGAUAAAUCGUGGUCAGAAAUUGUUCGAGGAUCGGAUUUACCAGCUCUUCGAGGUCUAAUGGCUCAUGUCAAAGAAAAUCCAAAUAAAUGGAAAACACUCUAUGAUUCACCAACACCACAUGAACAAUCAUAUCCAGAUGAUUUUAAUAAUCUUAGUUCAUUAGAAAGACUGCUUGUCUUACGUCUAUUUCGACCAGAUAAAAUAGUACCGGCUGUACAACAGUAUAUUAUCAAACAAAUGGGACAUCAAUUUGUUGAACCACCAACAUUUGAUUUACCAGGAUCAUAUGCGGAUUCAUCUGCAGUUACACCACUUAUCUUUGUUCUAUCGCCAGGUGCAGAUCCAAUGAUGGCUUUACUUAAGUUUGGUGAAACUAUGGGAGUUUUCGAUGAACGAAUUAAAACAGUUUCACUUGGUCAAGGACAAGGUCCUUACGCACAAUCAUUAAUAACAGAAGGCGUACAAAAAGGCACUUGGGUUAUAUUACAAAACUGCCAUUUAGCCGCAAGUUGGAUGCCGAAAUUAGAACGAAUAUGUGAAGAACUUUUGGUACCAGGCAAAGUUAAUAAUGAGUUCCGACUCUGGUUAACAUCUUAUCCAUCCGAUCUGUUUCCUGUUACUAUAUUACAGAAUGGUAUUAAAAUGACCAAUGAAAGUCCAAAAGGAUUACGAGCUAACUUACUUCGUUCGUAUUUGAAUGAUCCAGUAAAUGAUCAAACAUUUUUUAAUGGUUGUAAUAAACCAGAAAAAUGGAGAAAAUUUCUAUUUGGUCUAUGUUUCUUUCAUGGUCUUGUACAAGAACGACGACAGUUUGGUCCAUUAGGAUGGAACAUUCCAUAUUUCUUUGAUGAAUCUGAUCUUCGAAUUUCUUUACGGCAACUUCAAAUGUUUCUCAAUGAUUAUGAAGAUUUACCAUUAGAAGCUAUUCUAUAUUUAUUUGGUGAAUGUAACUAUGGUGGUCGUGUCACAGAUGAUAAAGAUCGUCGUUUGCUUAUGUCAUUAUUAUCUGUUUGUAUAAAUGCUGAAGUCGUCUAUAUGGAUAAAUAUCAGUAA